AUGACAGCUCUCGCAAAAGCAAUUGCAGCAAUCGAUUCGCAAGAUACAGAAGGCCAACUUUCAUACCGCGCAGCUGCCAAAAAGUUUGGUGUUGAGGUCACAACAUUGACGCGCCGGCACCAAAACAAAACCCAGUCGCGAACAGCAGCUGCCAAAAAACGUCAAUUACUCACUCCACCACAAGGAUCUAAGCUGGUAAAAUAUAUAGAAAAACUAUCUGAACGCGGCCUACCACCUUCUCGAGCAAUAGUAAAAAAUUAUGUGGCGGUUAUUGCAGAAUGGGAGCCCUCCAAUAGCUGGGUUACUCGAUUUUUGAACCGCCACAACGAUACAAUAUGCAUCAGAAGAGCCACCGGUAUCGAUCGCGACCGUCAUCUGGCUGAUAAUCCAGCCAACUACCAAUCAUAUUUUGAUCUCCUCUAUGCCAGG